AUGGCGAACAAAAUCCUUCUGGUCUUUAUCGUCUUCGAUGUCAUUUUCCUCCUUUGCGCGGGCCUCCAUCUGUUCAUCCCACUGUAUACUCGCAUGAACAUCAAGAACAACAACAAUGUGAAUAACAUUGCGUCCAACCUCUUGCUCGACAACUGUCCGCUGACAGUGAGCGUGGUCAAUUCCAUUAUCAUGUUCAUCACCUUCCUCCUCUCCGUCCCGGCCCUUUUCAUGCCGCGUAACCGCACGUUCUUGAAGAUCCACGCCGCGGGAAUCGUCGUUGCUGCCCUCCUGACUCUGGCCGUGGGUCUGGAUAUCUGGUACUCUACCCUCCAAACCAAGAAGAACCUCGCUCCGAUCUGGAACGCCCAGUCCCCGGCCAUUCAAACCAUGCUACAGACGAAGUUCCAAUGCUGUGGUUACAGCAACCCGUCGCUGUUUGUCAAAGACCAGACCUGUGCGAGUGCGGCGACGGCGGCAAGGCUGGGACCCUGCGUCACGCCCUUCAGCACCUUCGCCAAUCGAUUCUUGGAUGUGGUUUUCACGACCUUCUUUGGAUUCGUCGCCGUGGAUAUGAUGCUCCUAUUGGCUGGGUUGUGUCUGAUCAAGGAUCGCAAGGAGAAGGAACGAUACCGGCUGAUUGAUGAGAAGAGAGGAUUUGGACCGAUCUGA